AUGGCCCGGCCGCGCCGCCUGGGCUGCAUCCCGGAGCUGCGGCUGGCGGCCUUCCCGGCGGCGGCGGCCGAGGACGAGGCGUUCCUGCCGGAGCCCCGGGCCCGGCGCGCGCCCCGCUGGCCGCGCUCGCCGCCCUCCUCGCCCGUCUUCUUCGCCGGCGCGUCCCCCACGUCCCGCCGGCGCCUCCGGCUGCUCCGCGGCUCCCAGGACGGCGGCCGCCCGGCGGGGGCCGGCUUCGAGGCGGAGAAUGGGCCGGCCCCGUCGCCCGGCCGCAGCCCCCUGGACUCGCAGGCGAGCCCGGGCCUCGUGCUGCACGCCGGGGCGGCCGCCAGCCAGCGCCGCGAAUCCUUCCUCUACCGCUCCGACAGCGACUACGACAUGUCGCCCAAGACCAUGUCCCGGAACUCGUCCGUCACCAGCGAGGCGUAUGCUGAGGACCUCAUCGUGACACCCUUCGCCCAGGUGCUGGCCAGUCUCCGGAGUGUUCGCAGCAACUUCUCCCUCCUGACCAACGUGCCCAUUCCCAGCAACAAGCGAUCCCCACUGAGUGGCCCAACCCCGGUCUGCAAGGCCACACUGUCAGAGGAGACCUGUCAGCAGCUGGCCCGGGAGACGCUGGAGGAGCUGGACUGGUGUCUGGAGCAGCUGGAGACCAUGCAAACCUACCGCUCAGUCAGCGAGAUGGCGUCCCACAAGUUCAAGAGGAUGCUAAACCGGGAACUCACACACCUGUCAGAGAUGAGCAGGUCAGGAAACCAGGUCUCUGAAUACAUCUCCACCACAUUCCUGGACAAGCAGAAUGAAGUGGAGAUCCCAUCGCCCACAAUGAGGGAUGGAGAAAGGGCACCCCGGCCGCGACCCUCCCACCAGCCUCCACCCCCAGAGCCACAGUUCCAGCCCAUGUCUCACAUCACGGGGGUGAAGAAGAUGAUGCACAGCAGCAGCCUGACUGACGCCAGCAUCCCCCGCUUUGGGGUGAAGACAGACCAAGAGGAGCUCCUGGCCCAAGAACUGGAGGACCUGAACAAGUGGGGCCUGAACAUCUUCCACGUGUCAGAUUAUGCCCGGGGCCGCUCCCUCAGCUGCGUCAUGUACACCAUAUUCCAGGAACGGGACCUCCUGAAGAAGUUCCACAUCCCGGUGGACACAAUGGUGACAUAUAUGCUGACUCUGGAGGACCACUACCACCAGGACGUGGCCUACCACAACAGCCUGCACGCCGCCGAUGUGCUGCAGUCCACCCACGUGCUGCUGGCCACGCCUGCGCUGGACGCUGUAUUCACGGACCUGGAGAUCCUCGCAGCCCUGUUCGCGGCUGCCAUACACGACGUGGACCACCCUGGCGUCUCCAACCAGUUCCUCAUCAACACCAAUUCGGAGCUGGCGCUCAUGUACAAUGAUGAGUCUGUGCUGGAGAACCACCACCUGGCCGUGGGCUUCAAGCUGCUGCAGCAGGACAACUGUGACAUCUUCCAGAACCUCAGCAAGCGCCAGCGGCAGAGCCUGCGCAAGAUGGUCAUCGACAUGGUGCUGGCCACCGACAUGUCCAAGCAUAUGACCCUCCUGGCUGACCUGAAGACCAUGGUGGAAACCAAGAAAGUGACCAGUUCAGGGGUCCUCCUGCUGGACAACUACUCCGACCGCAUCCAGGUCCUGAGGAACAUGGUGCACUGUGCGGACCUCAGCAACCCCACCAAGCCGCUGGACCUGUACCGCCAAUGGACAGACCGCAUCAUGGCGGAGUUCUUCCAGCAGGGCGACCGCGAACGGGAGCGUGGCAUGGAGAUCAGCCCCAUGUGCGACAAGCACACGGCCUCGGUGGAGAAGUCGCAGGUGGGUUUCAUCGACUACAUUGUGCACCCACUGUGGGAGACAUGGGCUGACUUGGUCCACCCCGAUGCCCAGGAGAUCCUGGACACGCUGGAAGAUAACCGGGACUGGUAUUACAGCGCCAUUCGGCAGAGCCCGUCGCCACCGCCCGAGGAGGAGCCGGAGGGGCCGGACCACCCCACCCCGCCCGAUAAGUUCCAGUUUGAGCUCACGCUGGAUGAAGAGGAGGAGGAGGUGGCAGCGUCCUCUGCCCCGGGGGCAGUUGCGGUGCAGGAAUUAUUCUCGGCUCAGGAUGCAUCCCCAGCGGAGGAACUGUUGGAUGUCGGUGGCCAAGAUGCAUCCACGGAGGUGGAGGUGGAGGAAAUGGCCUUGACACAGCGAGCAGACAGUGUGGCCGCGGGCCGGGAUGAGUCCACAUCCCCAGAUGUACGGGCAGAUGCCGUGGGCUGUAGCGGUCCCCACGCCCUGUCUCCGGAGAGCCCCGCUCUGCCUGCCUUGAGGACCCCACCCACCCCAGAGGCUACCCCGGGCCUCCUGGGCCUCCCCUUCAAGGCAGCCGAGGUGGGGGCCCAGAAAGAGCAUCAUCAGGCUGCCAAGAGGGCGUGCUGCGCCUGCACAGGGACAUUGGGCGAGGACCCGCACACACUCCCGGCCCCUGGCGGGUGGGGGUCAGCCGGAGGCCCUACCUGA